GAAUAUGUUAAACCAAAUACUCAUCGACUGUAGUUUUAGUGAAGGAGCAGACAAAUGACGAUGGCGAUCUCACCGUCUCUGCUUCCCGCCCUUUUGUUAUUUUAUCUCUUAACCAUUUGUAAAUCAAUGGCUCUAAUUUCUCAAUUUUCAAGCACUGGCGGCGAUGAUCACAGCCAUUUGAUCGAUGAAAUUCGAGAAGCGGAGCUGAACGUCGUUCGAUUAGAAACUAUCCUUGAAGAAAGCAUUUCAAUAGUAGAUUCCAAAAAUCUUUAUAUCAAAGAAAGUGAGAAGCUGGUUGAGGAGAUGACAAGUGAAGUUGAUCAUCUACAAUCUGUUCUGUUAACCAUGAAGAAUUAUUCUUCAUCUGCAAAUGAAAGGCUUAAUCGGCUGAAAAAAGAGGUUCAACUUCUCGGUGCUGCUGCAAGAAGAAACACAUUUGAGCUUCACAUCUUGGAGUCCAAAGCACAAGAUGCUGAGAGUAGGCUGGAAAUAACCAAGUCAAGGGUUGAAAUGAUGGCAUCAAUUGUGACUGAACAGUGGAUUCAGAUUCAACAUCUUGAACAGGCUCUUGAAAUUGCCAAAAGGAAUAGUAAAGAGAUCAAAAAGCAACUUAGCUCCAUAAGAUGCUCCUUUCUGAAGUUUAUACAAAGCCAAUUUGGAAAUCUUCUUGAUGAUUGGUGGGAAGUGCUGGAAAGAACUUGGUCCGUGGCAAAACAAAAUCAUCACCAGCUGCAACGGUUUGUUAUGAACAAAAUGCAAAAAUGGAAAUACACUGCUGCUUAUGCCAACAACGAAGUAGUCUUUUUUGUGGCAUCCGCUCUAAUCACCUUCCCUGCUUUGAGCCUGGGGGUGUUUCUAUUGAACAAUUUUUGCUAGUGAAGGUGCCAUGGAACCCCCACCGUCCACCAGUCGCCAGGUAUUAUUUCCGGGGAGUCUGAUAGAUUGAUGAACACAAUAGUUUAUUAGAGCCCUUUUCUCCAGAGGUAGAAUGAUAGAAUUCAAAGAAAUCCACAACUCAGACACCCUUGUACCAUCAUCCCUCAAGAUAUAGCCAUUAUAGCGUUAUGCAUAAUGUUACCACUUUUUGUGGCUUCGAUUUGGUCAGCUAGGGUUUAGGUCAGUUAGUAUGAAAUUUACUGGGUUCGUUUUGAUUGGUGCUUUUCGUCAUUUUUUUUAUGUUUUUUUAAUAGUGUGCUAUACAGCUUCUCCUGUUUGUUACUCUAUGGUUUAGCCAUGUAGUUUUUUACAUUUA